CUUUUGCCUGCGCUUCUUAUCAGCGUGUAAACUUGUGAGUCUGUUCGUCCGAGCGGAGCCGCAGGACUCUCCUCCUCCUCCUCCUCCUCCUCCUCCUCAUGCUGUAUUAACCUCAGCGAAACUUUCGACUAUCGAUCACAGCACAUGUCAUCUGCGGUAGGAAGUGAGCGGGCCGCUGUAAGACAGAAGAUCUUCUAACACACGAAAAUACACACAUACAUACACACACACAUAGCCUACACACACACGGUCCCGUCCUGCGAAAACCAGCAGCAUGCCUGUCCGGGUAGCGAUGCAGGGUCCCGGGCCUUGGGGGUUCCGGCUGGUCGGGGGGAAAGACUUCGAGCAGCCGCUGACUAUUUCCCGGGUCACCCCUGGGAGCAAAGCAGCCCAGGCCAACCUGUGCAUCGGAGACCAGAUUUUGGCCAUUGAUGGAGAGCCGACGCAGAACAUGACUCACCUGCAAGCACAGAACAAGAUCAAGGGCUGCGUGGAGGAGAUGGUCCUCUCUAUAGACAGGUCAGAAUCUAAAAUGUGGUCGCCGCUUGCAUCGGAGGAAGGGAAGACGCAUCCCUACAAGAUGAAUCUUGCAUCGGAGCCACAGGAGGUCAAACACAUAGGCUCCGCCCACAACAGGAGCGCUCUGCCCUUCAGUCCCGCAGGCUCCAAGGUGGUGACCAGCCAGUACAACAACCCCGCCGGUCUCUACUCCUCAGAGAACAUCAAGAACUUCAACUCCGCUGUGGACGGCGCCAAAACCGUGGCAGCAGCCAACGAGCCCGGCAGCGCACAAGAUCAGUCCAAGUCGGGCAGACGGCCGCCGCUCGCUGCAGACUCGGAGGUCUACAAGAUGCUGCAGGAGAACCAGGAGUCCGACGAGCCUCCCAGACAGUCGGCCUCCUUCAAAGUCCUGCAGGAGAUUCUGGAAACAGGUGACUCUGACAAGCCGUCGGGGUUCAGGAGCGUGAGAGCUCCCACGACAAAGAUCGGCUCGUCGGUGGGGAACACGGAGAAGCUGUCCAUAUGUGACAAAUGUGGAUCAGGGAUUGUGGGGAUGGUGGUGAAGCUGCGGGACAAGUUCCGUCACCCCGAGUGCUACACCUGCGCAGACUGCGAGGUCAACCUCAAACAGAAGGGACAUUUCUUUGUGGAGGACCAGAUUUAUUGCGAGAAGCACGCACGCGAGCGAGUGACCCCACCCGAGGGCUACGACGUGGUCGCUGUCUUCCCCAAGUAGACUGCUCCCCGAGCGCAGCCUCGGACCCCACGGCACUAUGGGACACCAGAACAAAUGAGACGGGACGCCGUUUAGCUCACACCACUCCUAGAAGACUAUGAAAUGGUCUCGUCUUUCAUUACACGUCAAAACAGUCACUUACAGUAAAGUACUACAUAUUUUGACUCUGAUGAUUUGCACAUUUGGCAUUUAAGAAAGGAAAACCAGUGAAUGUGAGGUGGCGAAACAGUCGCUCUAUUUAAAAAAAUAUUUGUUCCCCAACAUUGAGUCCACUGCAAGACACAGCCGCUGUAUUUCCAUAAUGUAUUUGUCUUUGUACAUGUUUAUUAUGUUCUUUUGUAUCAUGCACAGAAUGGGAAACUUGGCCAUUAUAACCCCCGAAACUAACCCUGUGUUUUCUAUUUGCUGAAUACAUAGGCCUACUCUUAUUCAGAAAAAUAGCUCAAAAACAAAAAUACACAUCAUUGCCAAAUAAAUAUUUUAGCUCAAAACAACCAUCUUCUCUUGUC